AUGGAGAACAUCAACAGGAGCCUAUCGAGCUUCGAACUGGAUCAAGGUCAGGUUUCCGGCGGUUUGAAAAAGAGCGGACGAAGACCAAAUCGCGCCUUUCAUAAUUUCGAUGCAGGUAGUCCAGGACAGUCUUUGGCCAAUGCUGGGCCGAUGUCUCCAUCCUUAGCUGGUCAACGGAGCACUUCAAGUUUUGCAAACGCAGAUGUUUCCGCAAAUAGCCCCGUUCUCGCAGGACAAGCUACAGGUUUAAUUACAUCGCAUUACGUUCCGAAGCAAAGACUUGAUGAUCAAACGAUGUACCUUGAGCAAUCUUUUGUCACUUCGAGGGAUUCGGUUCCGCCCUGUGCAUCAACGCAGUAUUAUUGUGUUGACCAGGCUUCCAGUGACCCUCGCAAAAUGAGUCUUACGAUGCAUAAUAUUCCAAAAAAUGAGCAGAUCCGGUCAGCGGCAAAACUACCGAUGGGAGCAGUCUUACAACCGUUUGCGAGCACCAGUCUUGAUGAGGAAGUACCCCAGGUUGAUGUGACACAAGUAGGUGGCCCAUUGAGAUGUAGAAGAUGCAGAUCGUAUGUCAAUCCCGCUUACUCUUUUACUUUCGACUCUAAGGCCAUUUGCAAUUUCUGUAAAGUAAGCACACAGUUGAGUGACGAGUAUACUGCGCCAUUGAACUCUAAUGGAACGAGAUCAGAUCUGUACGAGCGGCCUGAGCUCUUGAAGGGAAGUGUGGAUUUUUUAGUUCCUGAAGCUUACAACUUCAAUCAUGCCAAAGUCAACGUUCCGCUGCACUAUGUUUUUUUGAUCGAUAUUUCCACAAUAUCGAAUGAGAACAGAAGCUCUCUAGCGAUGCUGGAAGGUGUCAGAACUUCCAUAGAGCACAUUGCAACUGAGCAGCCCAAUUGCAAAAUUGCAAUUAUGGCGUAUGACAAUGAGAUUCGGUUCUUUAAUUUGCGGAAAGAGCUCCAUCAGGCUCAAGAAUAUAUUGUUAGCGAUCUUCAGGACGUAUUCCUACCCAUCUUCACUGGACUUUUUGUGAGACCAGAGGAAUCCAUGCACGUUAUUCAGGACACGCUCUGUAAGAUCACUGCACACAUCGAGGACAACAAAUUUCUGCAUCGUUUCGAGGCGUGUUACGGAUCUGCUCUGCAGGCAGCCAAAUUAGCGAUAGACACGGUGACCGAAGGACAAGGUGGUAAAAUUCUGGUCAGCUUGGGAAGUAAACCGUCUCAUGGCAUUGGUAACUUGAGGUUGAGAAAAGAGGAUGCUUUGAAAAAGACCUUAAACUGUGAAAAUGAUUUCUACUUGAAGCUAGGCAAAGACUUAUUGAAGUCUAACAUCUCAGUUGACUUAUAUUGCGCAGCUUCUGCAUUCGUUGACCUGGUAUCUGUGGGACAACCCGUGAGAAGCACUUCUGGGUUUUUGAAGCACUAUCCUAAUUUCAAUCUGGAUAAAGAUGAGUUUACGUUUGUGAAUGAUGUGCUGCAUAGCAUUGUGCAUACAAUUGGUUACAAUGCUCAAUUGAAGGUUCGGUGUUCCGCUGGGUUAUCCAUCUACAACUAUUAUUCAGAAUCGGUGGAAAACACCAAUCGAGAGCCAAUAAUACCUGUCGUUCACCAAGACACCAGCUUGAGCGUGCUUUUCAAGUAUGAGGGUCAACUAGCGAACUCCGAAGAUGUUCAUUUCCAGUGUGCGAUUCUUUACACGGAUUUGAACGGGGUAAGGAAAGUACGCACUUUGAACACAUCUGGGGCGGUCAGCGAGAACAUCAAUGAGGUUUUCAAAUUUGUUGAUCAAGACGCUGUAGUGAGCAUAAUCGUGCAUGACUUGCUCACGACUUUGGGUGACUGUAAUUUCGUUCAAAUGCGGAAAACAAUCGAUGAAAAAGUCAGUGACAUUUUGACGCAAUACCGCUGUCUAGUGUCCGGGUCGCCUUCGAGCCAGCUGGUUUUGCCAGACUCCCUCAAGACCCUGGCGGCUUACUUGCUGUCUUUUGAAAAAUCUGAGCUGAUGAAAAGCAACAGUAGAUCCGCAAAUGGCAAUGCACGCGUGCUUGAUUUGUUUCAAUGGAUGUCCUGCACUUUGCCUCAAAUGAUGUACAAAUUGUAUCCUCAGAUUUUGCCGUUGCAUGAGCUGCUACAGGAAACAGAUUUUACUUUUGCAGAUGCGCAAGAUCUACUACUUCAGGUGGCACCCUCAGAAUCCUUAAGCGUACGUGCUGCUCGCCGGGAGCUAGUGGAUGGGGGAUGCUAUUUGAUCUUCGACGGAUCAACGGCGUAUCUGUGGUUCAACGAAAACACCAACACCCUUUUAUUGCGUGACCUUCUGGACGUACAGGAUUCCAAUGCAAAAAUGUCCGAUAUCGUGCUUGUGGGCAACACAUUGCCUGCGGUGGAUAGCAUUAUUAACGUGAAGGCUCGUAAUGUCCUGCGGUACUGGCGCCAAAUAGUGGGACGCGCAUAUCUGCCGCUGAUCACGUUGCGCCCACAUGUGGAUGUGUACUAUGCGCAUGCCAUGGCAGCGCUGUUAUGUGAAGACAAGUCAAUUGAGAUGGUGGAGAACUACGAUGAGUAUUUGGUAUCGCAGCAUAAACGCAUUCAGACGCGAGUGGACAACGACAAUUACACAAAGAUUCCGCAUGCUCGCGAACACGAACACAUCGGUCAAAAGUUUAUACAAUUCUGA